UCAAUUUCUAUGUUCAUUUUGGAUCGAACGACAAUGGAUAUUUGAUAUUAGUAUUGAUAAUUUCGAUAUAAUCUAUUCAAUUCGACCAUAUAGAAAAAAAUGGUUGGAAUUUGAAGUAAUAGAAAAUAUUAAUUCGCCAAUUCCACUUUCAGUAACAAAUCAUUUACAUGAAAGCGUAAAUAAAACAUUGAUCAAUAAGAUAAAUCUAUUUUUAAUUGUAUUUAAAAUUACUCAUCUUGACGUUGAUUGUAGUAGGAUUACAAUAUCAAACUUAAUCAAGCUGAUACAACAGUUAUCCUAUCUAAAAUUCUUAAGAAUGUCACAUUUACCAUUACUUAAAACAGAAUAUUUAAUCAAUGAAAAACGACGUAUUAUACGUUUAUCACAAAAAAAUAAAAAUAUUACACGAGUUAAUCUAGAAUAUGUAUCUCAAAUUGAACAAAUUCAAUUUGUUCAUUAUCUAUGUCCAUUUAUGAAAUAUUUACUAAUCAAUUGUACAAAUGAUAUCGAUCCCAUUUUAUUGAUUCGAUUUAUUUUCAAAACCAAUGCUAAAUUCGUCAAAUAUCUUAUUUUAAUGUGCUUAUGUAUUCCAUCGAUACAAAAUGAAUUAAUUGAAAAAUUACGGGAAAUAAUCGAUUCUGAAAAAUAUAAUUAUACAAUUAAACAUAUAGAUAAUAAAAUCUAUUUUCAUCGAAAAUUUUAA